UGUUGAGUGGUCGCCGACGCCGGUCACCACCAUGGCAGCACCCCUCAGCAGCAGCGCCGCCGCCGCAGCCGCCGCCGCCGUCGCCGUCGCCACUCUGCUGGCCGCCCUCACCGGCGAGGUGUCGGCGCAGCGGCGCGGCAGCCGGCUGGCCAGCGGGGCGCCAUCGUCUUCUGCGUCGAACGCGGCCGCCGACUUCGACUGCCCGGAGGAGUUUGGUUAUUACCCCCACCCCACCGACUGCACACAGUACUACGUCUGCGUGUUUGGCGGCGCGCUAGUCGAAUCCUGCACAGGUGGCCUCAUGUACAGUCACGAGCUGCAGACAUGUGACUGGCCACGCAAUGUCGGCUGUGGUGCUGGAGAGGGUGCUACUGUCAGUACCGUACGAGUGACAGACCCACGGACGCGACAGACCACUCCAUCUGCACUGCCGCCCUCCAGGGCUCCAGUUGCCAUCUCUAGAGGACAACAGGAGCAACAACGCCAACAACAAGAAGAAAUUGUUAAGCACCAGCUAUAUGCAGAAGAUGUAGGCCCAGCCGAAGAAGUUGAGAUUGAUCGACAGCAGAGAGUGUACAGGGGUCAGCCAUCUACCUUAGGACAAGUGCAAAGGGACAGGGAUGGAUUACGUCACCAACCAGUCAACAAUGUCAUACCAGCACCAACUGGGAGGGCAUCCUCUGGGGAUAAAAUUGCAGUUAUAUCAUUUGGAACACAACAGCAGGUGCAGCCAGCACAAUACAGUUCUGACCUGCUGACUCAAGACAACUACCUGACCUUUGAGACACCUCAAAGGAGGGCGAAGCGGCAGAUACAUCUCAGGUUUCCACAGCAGAUUGCACCCCAGAGCCAGCGUCUACCCUUCUGGUCAGCCCCUCAACCCCCACCAGUUGGCAGGCUGCCCCCAGCACAGUCAUUUAGUAGCAGUCCAUCAGAGUCAGUUUCUUCUUCAGGAUUCCGGCCUAUUCCUAAUCCUGAUGUACGCAAUUUUCAGUCAUUAGAGUUGAGGCCACCCCAAGAAUCUUUGCAGUCUACACAUAAUGCAAAAACUUUUCAUCCCCUUAGUCCACACUCAUUGUUUACAACUCCUCAGACAAGGGUUAAUGUCCCAAGUAGCAACAAAGCUUUCCAGAAAGGCUCAUCUCCUGUCAGUACUGCACUUACACCAUCAAAAUAUUUUGUCUCCUUUGGAAACAGCAGCCAAGCAACAUAUGCUCAGAACCUGCCUGGUAUAAUAUACUACACACCACUUGGUGAUGAAAAUUAUUCGUUUUUUAAUCUUGGUGGUUCAUAUUUCCAAUCUGCUCCCUCUGCCUCUCAACAGUUUAAUGUACAGAACCAAAAUCAUUUUCCAGUAAACCCACCUGUGCAUGUUAAUGCAAAUUCUGCAAAUAGAAAUGGAGAACAAAGCAACUUUAAGGUACUGAGACCACUUACAUCUAUGCAUGAACUUCCAUAUAAUGAGAAUGGGAAACCACUUUUCAGAGUGGCUGAUGAACCUGAUACUACAAGAAAUGCAGAUGCAUUAACAGAGAGUUCUUCAAAACUGUCAAAAAUGAGACAAGGAGCCUCACAGAUUCAAAUUAGUUUCCCUACUGCUUCUGUACAAGAAUCUAUAAGGCAUCAGGCAAAAGUGCCUGCAACUCUUGAACAACAUGGUAUCACAUACUAUAGUGAGCCCAGUGUCACAGAUGGGAUUAGAAAUUAUUAUGAGCCUAACAUUUAUUCCCAUGUGCCUACUAAGCAUCACUCACCAGAAGAGAGAAAUACAAAUGGCCAAAUUGCCCAAAACCAUGUGAGACACAAGGAAAUUCCAUCAAGAGUGGAAUAUUUACAAAGGAAAAUACCAAAUACUGGGAGCACACUGUCUGCUUAUGACAGCCACACCGAAGAUUCAAAUGCAAAACUUCUAAGAGCGACAGCAACACAACAAAAUAAACAUCAUGCUACUCAACUGAGUCCAGAACCCAGACAAAGACCUAACAAAUCAUCUGGAGGAAAUCUGUACCCUGACCAAAAUGAGAGAGACUAUGAUGAAGAUUAUGUCAGUGAACAGGAUGAUGAGAAUCAUUUUUUUCAACCUCCACCAGAUUUCUUUGAAGAUGUUAAUAAGUUUAGCCACAUAGAAAAUCCAUUUGCUGACAUAAAUUUUGACUUUGACACAUACAUAGAGAAAUUAAGAGGUGAGGUUCCAAAUCAGAAAAAGUUAAAUGAAACUAACACAAAGAAUAUUAAAUUGAAUGAUUCAGAACUAGAAAAUAAUGGAGAACUUGAGACAAGUGAAGAAGGAACAGCAGUUGAAGAGGAAGAGGUUGAUAUAACACAGAAAAGUACUGACUCUGUUUCUGGAAAUGCAGAACCAUCUUUCAAUGAGGAAACUGCAAAAUAUUCUCAGCCUUCUGUUGAUAAAUCUAAAACUGAAACAGUUCCAGUUGCUACCCACAAAAUCAACAGGAGCAGAGGGAGGCAGAGAGCGUAUGUUCAACAAGACUUACACAGGAAGUUACCAGCAGUACCACUGCAGCAACCGGCUAAACAGCGUGGAACUGUGAGAAAUAAUCAUCAUGUAACACAGAAGACUCAUGUGACUGAAGCACCUACUUCUUUAAGGGGUAAAGAACGGCACUACAAGUUAGCUGAGGAACCAACAUCUCCUGUUUAUGAUAAGGGAAAAGCAGUUACUGCUCAGCAAUACAAUAAUUACAAAGGCAGUCAAACCUAUGAUCACACAACUCAUAAAAAUAUUCAAAGAAUCCCACAGACUGUCAAAGAACAUGCACAAACCAGUGAAGAUUCUUUUUCUACCACUAGCUCUAGAACACAUUCUGCUUCUGAUAAGGAGAGGCCGUAUACUGAUUAUGCAGCACAGGAGGAAAGGUACGAAACAACAACAGCAGGAUAUGACAAUACAUACAAUCAUGGUAGUGAAACGACAACCAUAAGAACAAAAUCUAACAAAAGAAAAUUGCCAAACAGACAGAACUCCGACAGUCUGCAAGGGAAUUAUUUUCAAGGAGGCAGUCACACAUCGUCAGAACCCACAGAAACAGAACAAAAGCAUCACACAACACCAGACAGGAAACUACUAGAACAGGGACAGAAUUUUUAUACGCAGAAUUCUGAAUGGCAAGGGGUUAAUGAAGGUAAAAUAACUGCACAGCAUCCUGUACCCAUUGACACUAAUGCUCCAGGUUACAUCAACAAAGAAAUACCAGUGAAAUAUGUUGACACAGCUGCACUGAAAGUGGACUUCACUGAGAGCAGUGACAAUGAUGAAACCAUUAAAGCAACAUUUAAAGGCAAUGUUGUUAAUUAUUUACCCAGAAAUCCAAAUCAUACCCACAUUUCCUACACCAAUAUCUCAGAUAUUCAAGAAAAUAAUAAAAUUAAUGUAAUAGGUAGGCAAAAUAGAAGGCAUCCUGUCUCUCUGAAUUUACAGUCUUCUUCUAACAGAACAUCACCUACUAUCUACACUGAUUAUCCUAUCCUAACCACUGAUACCACAAUUCCAAGUGCUCAGUUGCUACAGACAACUUCAAAGACUCAUGCUGUUACAAGGAGACCUUCUGCAAACCAAUUAACAAGACUGAGAAGCAGGAGACCUACAAGUACUUCACUUCCAAAUGACAGUCUGAAUAAUACUGACUACUCGCCUACCUUACCUCGACCAUCAUUGACUGUAAAUCCAUACAGCCAAAGACCAUCACAUAAAGAAACAGCUGAGCAAUCAAGAAUUAUUAAAAGGCCUAAAGACUCUGACAGUGACAUCGAAGAAACAUAUAAUAGACCACUUCCAGCAAGGAGUCAGCUGAUCAAGGAUGAAUAUGGAAAUGAAAACACUAUCAGGGUGGAACCCAGCAAUAGUUACCAGCCACAGCCACAAUCUGCAGUUCCUACAAAUCCAACCAUCUAUAAUAGCUCACAGCAGUAUGACACAGCUGCUCAGUAUGAUCCUUAUUAUAACAACUAUGACGAAGAUGUUGAACUUUAUCGAGACAUUGAUUAUGGGCAGUACACAGGAAGCCAAAACAACCAGCAACAGCCAUACAGGGGCAACCAAAAUACAUAUAAAACAGCACCUCAACCGACAGCACCUCAGAGAACCAACAGCUACGUUCAGCCUAGUUACAGUUCACAAGACAUUUACACUCAACAACAGCAGCCACAGCAACAGCAACAGCAACAGCAACAGCAACAAGAUUAUUCAGAUUCCUACAACACACAGCUUUCUGAUGAACAAUACAGGGAGCCAUCGAGGACACCAUCAAGACCUCAGAGCAGAGGUAGAGGAGAAAAUGCUGCCACAGCUCGGGCAAGCCCCAGUCAGAAUGACAAAACUGAGGAGCUUGAUGGCUCACUGAACCUUUCUUCACUAGCUUCUGAUACACCCCGAUCCUCUUCCCGUCCACCCACUGCAUCCACAAGGCAGCAGCAGUUUCAGGCUAGGGGAUCUAACACAGAAUCUGAAGGGAGACGGUCACCUAUAAGAUCUACGCCUAGAACCUCCACAUCUCUUGAGGACACCCUUUCUGAAGAUCAAAAAUCGCCAAGUCGUGGACAGGCGAGUUCUCGGCGAACUUCACCGGUAUCUGACAGCCCAGGUGUAAAAUCUAGAUUUUCGGAGACAGCAAGUCUUCCUGUCUCGAGGGCAGUACCUCAGAAGCAACAAACAUCAAGUGGAAGACGAGCACCAGUUAAAUAUUAUGAGUCAUCUGAUGCAUCACAAGGCUCUCGCAGCUCUGCAAAGAAUCCUGAAUUAACAAGUAUUGAAGGUUUCCGACAAGGGAGCUCAGAGAAUCGUCGAGGACCGCUAUUAAAAUCAGAGGCUAGUCCUGAUGUGGAGGCAGUUAUUACACCCCGAAGCCAGAAGGUUGUUGCUGAAUCCUUCCAGCCUGCCCGUUUGAUUUCCAGUAUGGAUGAUACUCAGAAUGAUGAUGAUGAAAUUGCAGACCCAGAUUUUCCAUCCAAAUCCCUCUCCCGUAACUCUAUUGUUCAAUCCGAACCUUCAACGACGAGUAGAUCAAGGUCCAGAGGUAGCGGCUCAGCAAAACAGGCUCAGUGUUCUGAUGAUGUUGAUUCCAAUAAAAAUACAGGAUGCAUCGAGAAACAGCAAGUGAGCAGAGUUAGACCAACAACUGCUUCCCCAGAAAGUCAGACCACCCCUACACCUUCAAGGACUCCAACUGUCAACAGGAAUCGUGGUAGCAGUCCAUAUGUGUCCAAUUCUGGUACAGAUACUGUUAACCGAGGAACUCCAGCUUCUGUCAGGACACGACCAACCUUAAAACCAUCAACAGCAUUUGUGUCAAAAGCUCAAGAAUUUGUUGACAUUUAUAAGUACCCUCCGAGCAGGCCUGCACCAGUCUAUCCCCAGCCACAGGUUGAUAAGACUGCUGCAAAAUGCCGUAAGGAUGUGUGUUUGUUACCUGAUUGCUUCUGUGGUGGUAAGGAUAUACCAGGAGAUCUGCCAGUGGAGCAAGUCCCACAAAUUGUGCUUCUAACAUUCGACGACUCUGCGAAUGAUUUGAACAAGGGACUGUACAGUGACCUGUUUGAGAAGGGCAGGAAGAAUCCAAAUGGCUGCCCUAUAGCAGCUACCUUUUAUGUUUCCCAUGAAUGGACUGACUAUAGCCAUGUGCAGAACUUGUAUGCCUCAGGUCAUGAAAUUGCAUCACAUUCCAUCUCGCACAGUUUUGGUGAACAGUUCUCUCAGAAAAAGUGGUCGAAGGAAAUUGGUGGUCAGCGUGAGAUCCUAGCACAGUAUGGAGGUGUGAGACUUGAAGAUGUCAGAGGCAUGCGAGCACCAUUCCUUGCAAUUGGUGGUAACAAAAUGUUCAAGAUGCUCUAUGACUUAAACUUCACAUACGAUUCUUCAAUGCCUGUGUAUGAAAACCGCCCACCCAGUUGGCCUUAUACUCUUGAUUACAAGAUAUUCCAUGACUGUAUGAUUCCACCUUGUCCAACUCGAUCUUAUCCUGGUGUCUGGGAAGUCCCCAUGGUAAUGUGGCAGGAUCUCAACGGUGGACGAUGUUCUAUGGGUGAUGCGUGCAGCAACCCUCCAACUGCUGAUGGUGUCUAUAAAAUGCUCAUAAAAAAUUUUGAGAGGCAUUAUACAACUAACAGGGCACCAUUUGGAUUAUUCUAUCAUGCAGCAUGGUUCACACAGCCUCAUCACAAGGAAGGUUUCGAAGCAUUCCUUGACACAAUAGUUGCAAUGGAUGAUGUCUGGCUGGUGACAAACUGGCAAGCCAUACAGUGGGUACGACAACCUACACCACUUUCAGAGAUCAAGAACUUCCCACCGUUCCAGUGUAACUACGCAGAUAGACCCAAGAAAUGCAACAACCCAAAGGUGUGCAACUUGUGGCAUAAAUCUGGAGUUAGAUACAUGCGUACCUGCCAGGCUUGCCCUGAGGUUUACCCAUGGACUGGAAAGACAGGAGUGAAGAACAGCCGCAUUGAUAAUGAAAUCUAUGAAGAAACGUAAGAAUGUAAUAUCUGUUUUGUCAGUAAGAUGUUAUGGCCACAGCUUGACAACAUUGUUGUGCACAAUAAGAUCAUUCAUCAUCAUUUAUAGACAGAAGUAAUCUGAUUCAAUAAGUGCCUGUAAAUUUGAAAAUGUGUUAAAGAUAUUUGAGUGUAUUGUGUAAUUGGCAAUUAUUUUAUUGGGAAUUGAAUAAUAUUCCUUUUGAACUGCAAUGAUUUCAUUUGAAGCAAAAUUAAUCACAACAUUUACUUUUUUUAAGAAAAUUUGUUAAAACCUUUUCCCAUUGACUUAUUUUGUGAUAAUUAUUUGUGGAAUAUAAUAAGUUCAGACUUAUAUUAAUUAUACUGAACGUGUGACAAGUCCUGCUGCAUUGUGAAUGCUUGUUCACAGAAAAUAUACUAUUAAAAUUUGUACAUAUUCUAUUUAGUCAUUGGAAAGAAAAAGACUUUUGUAUAGUACGAUACAGACAUUUUUAUAUAUGUAUAUGUCAUUCAGCAAUAUAAGAAAAAAUGAGCAAAUGUCAAGUUUUGCAGUAGUUGAUGAGUCUUGUGUACAAAAAUGUGUGUUUGUGAAGAUUUUUAAAAAUUCUCCUAAUUAAGUGCCAUUCAGCCAUUGACACAGCUCAUUAACUCUUAGAAUUUCAAAAGUACAAAAUACUUUCCUCAGUAAUUUCUAUUUUAAGAGAAAAAAUUUCUGACCAGUGAGGCUAUAUUCUGUGUUCACCCAUAACUGGCAGACUUUCAUAAACAUUUAGCCUCAUGACAGGAUGAACAGCUGUAAAAUAAAGGAAAUAAACAAAGAGAAAUAAAUGGCACAUCUUGAAUUACAUGAGUAUUAUUGGAAAUUCGUUGAGCUAUGUAAACUGUAAUGGGCAAUGCCCUGUACUAAAUGGUUUGUUCUAAGAACAUACCAGUCGUAUAUUAUUAAGUGGAAGUACAAACUUGGAUGUCUUAGAUGAAUUUAAGACACUGGGUUAGUAACUGUUAUUUAUUGUUUUAAUGAAAAUGUAAUAAGUUAAUCAGUUUGAUUUAAGUCUCUAAGAAUGGUAUAUUGAAGAGAUUAUAUAGUAUAAUCUUAAGUAACCAUUCUCAUACUUUCUUUUCGGAAUACUUGAAUGAUUUGUAAAGCAAUCAAGUUGUACACAAAUUUAAAUUUCUACAAAAUUAUUCUAAUUUUGGCAUUAAAAAUAGCUUUUUAGUGUGUGUAUUAAUAUGUAUGCCAAGAAUGUUAAUUGACAUUAAUGAUGUUUGCAUUUGAUGACUAUCCUCAUUCUACAGUUUGAUGAUGAGGGUUUCUUGUCAUUUGAGUACAUCAUGCUAGGCAUGACAUUAGGUGAUAUGUACACAGUUCCUGGACAAGUACGUGUUGGACAGUUUUGUCAGUUUACCCCUUGAUGUAAAAUCACCUUUUGGGAAGAUAAUUCUAAAAAAAAUAUACUGGCACUGUAAUAAGGAUCAUAUCUUUCUUCCUUUGGGCCAUCUAACAUGCUGAACAGUGUACUGCUAGAUCUGUCCACUAAAUUAUUCACAUUUUUCUGCUUCCUAUAAGUAGAUAUUCUGGUUUGAUUACAUAUAGAAAUGAAGUUGUAAAGAACAUGUUGCCAUAACUACAAAGUUUGUUAACCUACUUUUUCCUGUUGGUGGUUAAUGGCAGCAAUAUUGGUGGAAUUAUUUGUCAUCAAUUUUAGCUACAUUGCUCUUGUUACUAAACUGUGCCGUUAUUACAUUUUCUUAUGUAUGUGAUGAAAUUGUAUUAUAAGAUAGCAGUGGAAUUAAGUUUUUAAUAAUAAAUACCUUUUCAACAGAAA